AUGGUCUCGAACAUGGACGACAGUUGGCGCAGCCGCCGGCACCGAGGCGGUCCUGUGGCAGGGCGGCGAGGCGAGGCGACGAGGGCCAGCCAGGCUCCAGCCGCCCCGCCUCUGCCGAGGUGGAGCGCGGCCCACGCCGCAGUGUCGGCGGCGAGGCCAGCUGAGCCAGCCUCGGCUCCCCCGCGGGCGGUGCCCACGGCAGCCCCCGCUCAGGUCCUGGCGCAGCCGCCAGCGCCAGAGCCGACGUUGCCGGCCGCUGCCUCCGCGGGGUCGGCUUCAUUCGCCUGGCGCCCGCCCGAGUCUGUGGUGAACACCUGGCCGCCAGCCGCUCCGCGCCAGCGAGGUGACAACCAAGGGCCGCAGCACUGGCAGGGAUUGGACCGCCUUGAUACGUGGGUUGUAAACAUCAAGAGGUGGUUGAAGAGAACGUCGUUGUCUCCCGAGGCACAGGUUGGACGCGUGGUGGAUGAGCUCCUGGUGGGGCUGCAGGAGAAGUUGACGUGUAUCUGA